AUGGAUAAACUUGACUCCUAUCCUUCGCCUAAUUUCGAUUGUCCUCCUGCGAACUCCAUCCAGCUGUCACGGCCUGAGCCGUCGGGUUUAAGAAGCAACUUCCAUCCAAGCAUGUGGACUUGGAGCGAGACAGAAACACCUUCCGAUCACAGAUGGGCCCAGGGCGGCCACGCCAACUUCGCCCACCGACCGGCGACGGGACCCGUUUCCCAGCCAUCCGGUCGUGAAUGGUAUCACCCCAGACAACAAUGGUGGAGCAAUUCGGGACCAGCAGGCAAUCAUGGGAAAAGGCGUCAAAACAAGAAAGAACCUGAUUUUGUGUAUUUUUGUGACACUUGUGACCGAGGAUUUAAAAACCGAGAAAAGUAUGAGGAGCAUGUUGCUCAGCAUGUCAAGUGUUCUGUCCCAUACUGCAACUUCAUGGCACAUGAAAAAAUUGUCAGCAUCCACUGGAAAAAUACCCAUGCACCUGGAAUGAAGAAAAUUAAGCUGGACACAGCUGAAGAGAUUGCAAAAUGGAGAGAGGAGAGGCGCAAGAACUAUCCAACUGUACAAAAUGUUGAGGAAAAAAGAAAACUGAUGGAGGAACGCGAGAAGACUGGAGCAGUUCUGGAGACAGCUCAGUUUGGACGAAUGAGAGGACGUGGCCGAUGGCGUGGGAGAGGUAACUGGAGGUUUCGAGGACAACAGCCACGUAGUGUGCUUCAAUCAGACGAUUGCGUUGCAAAAGAGAGACCAUCACCCCUGACCCAGCCCAGCCAGAAUGGAGAUCCACUGGGAGUGCUGAUCAAAAGUGAUAUUGAGUCUGACAAAGAUGAUGCGGACUCUGAAUGCAGGACCUCUGGCCUUGUUGUGGCCCCCAAACAGAUGAGCACUGCUCUGGGGUCUCUUGUAGCCAACUAUGGCUCCAUCAGCGAGAGUGAAAGUGAUGAAGGUGUACAGGACUCUCCUAUCCAAAGGGCCAAAGAACUUCUCCAAGAAAAUAAGGAUUUACUUGAGCAGAGAAAUGAACCCUUCAGGAAUGCCAAAGCUUCAAUGCAGGACACUCAAGCUUCCAAAUUGCCAGGUCCUUGUUCAGGCACAAACACAUCAAACAACCAAAUAGGAGGAGGGAGAAAAAGAGCAAGGCGAGGUCGGGGUAGACACCAUGAUAUUCUGCAGACAAGGCGGCCCACUCUCCUCGAGAUGCUACUUGCCCCAGAUAUCCGGCAUGAGAGAAAUGUACUUCUGCAGUGUGUUCGAUACGUGGUACGCAACAACUUCUUUGGCCUAGAGCUCAAGCCUCAACUUUAGCUGAGAAUUGACUUGAAGCAAGCUGCUGGAAGUUCUGAACUGGAAGUUAGGAAGGGGAAGAGGACUUUGUCAGAUUCUCUGGUUGAUGUCAGAAAGUGUUCUAUCGAGGGUGAGACUGCAUCGAACAAAGCAACCAAUAGUUCCACAGUUUACAAGGAGGAAAACGUGGAGAUUGGUCCAGCUAGCGUGCCGUCAAAGAUGACUUUUGAGGACUGCUUGACAAAGAAUUGUCCAGAGAGAACGAUGCCAGCUGACCAGGUAGGCACUGGGAAGCUAGAUGAAAAAGCUGUAUUUGUUUCCCGAAACAUUCAAACUCACCCAGCAUGUGACGAAGCGGGUUCGCCAAGUGCAAGCACUGGCUAUGGAUCACCAGGCGACCAAGUUGGUUUCCAAGGUGUCGAAACUUCGCUGCCAAGUGUCUGUCUAGGCACACAAAAGUGCAAGAAUCCCCAUGUGGGCUCUAUAGUAAGUGCAAAGCAGGUUGCAGAGAAGGAGGAAGAAAUAGUAACCAGUUACCAACACAGCCAUGGUUCUAAGGCAAUUUGUGAAAGUAGAUCAACCAAUCAUUUUUUUGAUGACGAAAUAUGGGAAACGGCAAUUUGA